CAAGUUUAUAGCAGGUUUAUAGUCUUAGCAAGUUUAUAGCUUCGUAUACCUCAGCUAUACUCGUCCCUCCAAUCUCACUAAAUUGCUUUAAAGUGAUAUAAAUAUUACCAAUGUACCUAUCCUAAGAGAAGAUUUCUAAACUCGAAGAUGAUUCAAAACGCCUUUUACCUUGAAGAUGUUUCAAUUGAGGGCGCGUAUACGGAAGAAUCAAUUCUUGCUACUAAAAACUUCCAAAGUCGUCAGGACGACAUAUAUUUAUUGACUUAUCCCAGAACUGGAACAACAUGGACCCAGAACAUCCUAAUUGGCAUGGUUUAUGGCCUGGACGAGCUUAGUCAAACUGGACAGUCAGAAAUGCGAUUCAAAUUUCCAUAUCUGGAAAUAUGUUUUGAAAAGGAAGGUUGGGGACAUGAGGUGGCCAAUCAGAUUACGUCAUCGCCGCGAAUGCUGAAAAGCCACAUGCCAUCUCAUUUAGCGCCACGUGAGAUCUUUUCGAAUCUGAGGAAAAAUAUUGUAGUUGUCAGGAAUCCGAAAGAUACGGCAUUGAGUUUGUUUAAGUUUUACCAGACCGAGCCGACCUUAGUUGGUUUUAAGAAGACGGAUGACUUGGAUGAGUUUCUUUUGCAGAUUUUCCUGGAAGGAAAACUGAAUUGUGGAAGUUGGUGGGAAUGGACAAAAUCGUGGAUAGAAAAGUGUCGAGAGUAUCCUAGCAAUCACCUGCUGAUUCAUUACGAGGAUCUGCACCAAAAGUUUGAAGAAGCAAUCGGCCAAAUAAGUGACUUCUUGGGCAAAAAGCGAUUGGACGACAAGUAUAUACAAGACUUGAAGAUAGCUACUGCUGUAGAUUCGAUGAAGGCCAGAUAUGAGAGAAAUUCACAGGAGAAAGACAUGGUGAACAAAGGUCAAAUGAACAGAUGGAAGUCUGAGUUCUCCCUCCAAAUAGCGGAGAAAUUCGACGAUAUGACCAGAAAAACUUUCAAGGACGACGAUAUUGCAACGAAAUUUAUAUAAAUUGAAAAACUCCGGUCGAGGUAGAAUGAGAUUGAUAUAAAUCGUAUCUGGACAUAUUAAGAUAAAAACAAGAGCCUGUGGCAGAGAAAGAAUGAACUGAAUAUACUUUUUGAAACUUACGUCAAAAUAAUGUGUGUUUAAAUAAAUCUAAAUGUUGAAAUGAA